UCUGUCUCUCUCUCUCUCUCUCUCUCUCUCUCUUGAUUAAAAGUGAUCCACCAGAGUUAAUUAUGAGUAUCACGGCCUUGCUUGUUCUCAAGUGCACUCCCGAUACUCCAAACCCAGUUAUCCUCGCUCACGCAUUCGACUUCUCUGGAUUCAACUAUUUCUACCACCCUAACAUCUCAGAGUUCGUUCGCUUCUUCGGCAGUACUGUCGCUGGCAGAACCCUUCCUUCUCAGCGCCAAUCUGUUAAACACAAAGACGAAGUAGUGCAUGCUUACAACAGAAACGGCCUCUGCGCCGUGGGAUUCAUGGACGACUGUUAUCCUGUUCGAAGUGCUUUUUCUCUUCUCGAUCAGGUUCUUGAUGAGUACCAGAAGAUAUUUGGUGAGACAUGGAGGUCAGCAAAAGAAGUCUCUAACCAGAAGUGGCCAUACUUAGUAGAAGCUUUAGAAAAAUUUAAGGACCCGGCGGAAGCUGAUAAGCUGUUGAAAAUACAGAUUGAGCUGGAUGAGACCAGUAUUAUCAUUCAUAAAACCAUUGAUGGUCUCCUAGCCCGAGGUGAAAAGCUGGACAAUUUAGUGGAGAAGAGUUCAGAUUUAAACAAGGCAUCAAAGAUGUUUUACAAGCGAGCGAGGAAAACAAACUCAUGUUGUACAAUUCUCUGAAGCUGCAAUGCAACUCUUGCAUCUCCCUCUGCUAUAUAGAAUUAGGGAAAUGUGCAUUUACAUAAUAACUUAUACGACAAGGAAGAAGCUGUUCCUUGUCGGUUAUGAGAAUUUCAUAAGACAAGGAUAACGUGUUAUGGAAGUUAUGAACAAUUUAUGAUUUACUGUUCUCAGUGUUAAUUUAGUUUAUGUUUUCUUUUGUUAUGUGGCUAAUCUCUAUGAAUGCAUAUGUAUAAUGGAAUAUUCAGACAUACACAGCACAUAAAGAGACGCUAAUUAUAUAGAAGAAUAAAUCUGAAGCACAUUAUUAAAUUGGUGGUUUAAUGGAAGUAAAGAGAGUACUACCUCCUAUCAUAAUUGUCACCCCAUACUUAAAAACUGCUCGUCCCUUCAAAUCAACCAACGUGCCAUUGUUGUGAAUGCGACGUUUUGACUUUUAACUUUGUGUCAGAGGAGGUACGAGUUGUGAGCAAAGCCGAUAACGACGCUAGUAGUUCGUAUUUGCAGUUAAUUUUUCUUUUUUGGGGGUGGGGUGGGGGGAUGCGCAUUGAAUCAUGUAAUGCGGGUUAGGAAACCAAUACAAACCAGCCCCAACCAAACAUAAGUAUAUUUCUAAAUCAUUUGGUUGAUGAUCUUGAACAAAUAGACUAAUGUGUUUAUUUAAUUA